AUGGCCCUGUCCAAACCAGAUAUAAAAGGAACAGCCCAGCACUUUUUAGAGUGUGGCGUUGAAAACUGUGAAAGAAACUGUGAAUUUUACUGCAAUCCUUGCCACCAACAGAUGUGUAAACAAUGUAGAGAUGAACAUCUCAGAAAUCCAAAAACGAAAAACCAUGAAGUGGUCCUAUACCAACUACGGAAACGCCAACUUCCUGUUAAGAAAUGUGAUAUCCAUCCUACAAAGGAUAUAGAUCUUCUCUGUGAAGAAUGUAAAAUUCCUUUAUGUUCCAAGUGUGCCACCACUGAAGAACAUCGGGGUCAUGUCUUUACUGAUUUAGAGCUUAUUUAUGCGGAGAAAUUUUCGUUCUGUCUUGGAGAAAUUGAUAAAGUUAGGGAGUAUUUUGUGCCAUCAUCUGAAGAUUUACAGAGAGAAAUUAAAGAAGAUGUCUUAGGAAUAAAAAAGAUCAUUGACAAAUUAAGAACCUCCAUGAAGGCUGAAGCAGAGUCCCUUAAAAGUCUGAUAGAUAAAGUGGUCUCUGAGAACAUGAAGCAACUAGAACAGAUAGAGAAGUCGCUGCUAGAAGAUUUAAAAACACAAGAUAAGACUCUUGAUGAUUACAUCAUUUAUCUAAACAAACUCAUUAAGGAUUUCCAUGAAUUCAUCUCCUCACCAGAUCCCACAAAAUUAACUUUGACACUCUCUUUAGUGGAUAUGAAAAUCCGACCAAUACCGGACACGACAAAACCAGUAACACCAGUAUUUACUGCUGGUCAAUACAGUAGAGAAGAUGUUGCCAAAUUACUGGGUAAAAUAAGUAUCCCAGAGAUAAAACCAAAUCCACGAAAAAUAAAGAAUACAGAAUUUCCAAUCAACUCAUCACAAAGGAAACUUACAAAUAUUCAACCUUUCUGCCUCACUGAAGUCAGGGUUUUCUUCGUACCGGGUAUUGGCUACGAAACAGUCCACCUAUCGCUAGACAAAUCAGGCAGACUUUGGGUCAGUAAUAGUGGAGGUAAUCUUGUCCAAACAGAUCUACAAGGGAAUCAGCUACAGAUGAUACAAACCAGUGGUGGACAGGGUUAUCACACAGUGACACAAGACGGGGAUCUGAUCUUUACAGACUAUUACAAGAAAGUUGUCAAUAGAAUAACUAUGGAUAACAAAAUCUCAAAAAUGAUUAAAACGAAAGACUGGGAACCUUGGAGUGUAUACUCGUCCAACAUCACCAAGGAUAUACUUGUUGGGAUGAGAAAUGGGAAAGAGGCUAAAGUCACCAGAUACAACAAGAAAGGAAAAGAACUACAGAACAUACAGUGGGAUAACAAAGGACAAAGUCUGUAUAGUAAUCCACACUACAUAACAGAAAACAUCAAUGGAGAUAUCUGUACAUCAGACUACGAUAAAAAGACUGUAGUGGUGGUCGAUAAAACAGGACAACACAGAUUCUCCUACAUAGGUCAGGAGUUAACGUUCUCCUUCACAGAUCAGAAGCCAGAUUUCCAACCCUUUGGAAUCUGUACUGAUGCUUACGGUCAUAUCCUAGUAUGUGAUCAGUACACUAUCGUCCUCCUUGAUCAGGACGGUCAGUUCUUAUCGACACUACUCGAACCGCAAUUUCAUAUUGUACCCCUCAGUGUGUGUGUGGAUGAUGAGAAUAAUAUUUAUCUUGGAAUAAAUAAUAUGCCAAUGGUGACAGUGUACAAGUACCUUCAGUGA